AUGGGCGGCGUGACCUUCUGGCCCGACGCGCGCAAGCAGGAGCGGCGCGACGUGCUGCUCUUCCGCUGCGUCUUCGACCAGCUCCAGGCCUGGGACAACGCCGAGGCGCUCGAAUACCUGCUCGAGGCGACGGCCUGCGCGCCGGACGCGUCGUCGCCGAGCCACAAGCACCGGACGCUGCUCAUGGUCGCCGCGCUCUUCGGGCGGGUCCGAGGCAUCCGCGCGCUGGCGGCGCGCGGCGCGGACGUGAACCGCCAGGCGCCGGGCUCGGGCGAGCACGCGUUGCAGCUCGCGGCCUACGGCGGCCGGCUCGACGCCGUCGCGGAGCUCCUGCGCCUCGGCGCGGAUGCGACCCUGCGCACGAAGUACGACGAGACGGCCGAGGACGCCGCGCGCGCGAACGGCCAGGACGCCUGCGCGGAGCUGCUCCGCACGGGCGCGGCGCCCGCGCGGCGCGACGCGGCGACAAGGACGGUCCGGGCCGACGCGGCCAAGGGCGAGAAGGCGCCCUGGUUCGACGCGGCCGCGACGGCGGUCUACGCGCGGACGCCGCCCGCCGCCACGCCGGCGCCGGCGCCCUGGCGCCGCGGCGGCGGCUCGCGGCCGCGCGCGCGCGGCGGCUAUCGAAGGUAA